CCCUCUCUGCACUUCACCUUCCUUUCUCUCUCUCUCUGUGUUCUUCCAUUUCCAUGGCGGCCUUGGAGGAGCAUUACCAAUCCAAACAAACCAACAAUCCCACUACUCGUUUGAAGCUCUUUGGAUUUGACGUCCAAGAAGAUCUUGAAGACGAUUCCACCCCUACUCCCUCUGCCUCCUCCGACUCCGGCGCCGCUCCCUCCUCCGGCGACCGUAAGUAUGAGUGUCAGUACUGUUACAGAGAGUUCGCCAACACCCAAGCCCUCGGCGGCCACCAAAAUGCCCACAAGAAAGAGCGCCAGCAGCACAAACGCGCCCAAUUACAAGCCUCCCGAAACGCCACCGUUUUUAGAAACCCCAUCGUUUCUGCCUUUGCUCCACCGCCUCACCUCCUCCCCUCUGCCGUCCUCACCUCAUCAUCUUCCUGGCCGCCGGUAUAUAUGCCUCAGGCCCCACCCCAAUUCCAGGUCUCCCACGGCUGCGUCUUCACCCCACCGCCGUGA